AAAGCAAAAAUUAAGCGCAAAAAAUGGCAUAACAACAAUAGGUUUAAGUUGCCGCAGAGUUUAAAUUAGUUGUCGUAGGUGAUGGAGCAGUUGGUAAAACAACUUUUGUGAAGAGACAUUUGACUGGAGAGUUCGAAAAGAAAUAUCUAGCCACAUAAGGAGUCGAAGUGAGCCAAGUUAUAUUCUACACAACUCACGGUCCUAUCAGAUUAGUCAUCUGGGACACAGCAGGACAAGAGAAAUUAGGAGGACUCAGAGAAGGCUAUUACAUCGGAGCUAAUUGUGCAAUCAUUAUGUUCGAUGUCACAUCAAGAAUCUCCUACAAAAAUGUACCCAAAUGGCAUAAAGAUCUCACCAGAAUCUGUGAAAACAUCCCCAUUGUCUUAGUUGGCAACAAGGUUGAUUCCAAAGACAGAAAAGUCAAGGCAAGAUAAAUCACUUUCCACAGAAAAGUCAAUAUCCAAUACUAUGAUGUCUCAGCCAAAUCUAAUUAUCAAUACGAAAAGCCCUUCUUAUAUUUAUUGAGAAGAUUGGCCAAUGAUACCAACUUAGCCUUAGUCUAAGCCAUGGCUCUCUUGCCUCCUGAAAUCCCCAUUGACCCAGAAUAUGCAGCUCAAAUUGAAAAGGAAAGAUAAAAUGCUGAAAAUCAACCAUUACCUGAUGAGGAAGAUGACGAAUUCAAAUGAUGUUUCAAUGUUCAUACAAUUAUCAUAAUUUAAUAUAACAUUAUCCAAACCAAUAA